CCGCUCGAGCGUCGCACCUGGCGACACAACACCGUCAAGCUGUCGUCCCCCAUUCUACUCUCUCGCACGGUCGCUUACGACGCGAGCACCAACCCUCCGCGUCGUGGGGCUACGCACGGCAUGAUGGCGGACAAGACCGGUAGGAGGAGGAGAUCUAGUAGCAUUCUUCAAGUCUACCACGAGCCGCCCGAGCCCAUCGAGCAGCUCAGCGAUCAGUCCGCGCUGCCGAAUCUGAACGCAAAUUGGGUCAACGCAAAAGGUGCUUGGACCAUCCACCUGGUCUUGAUCAUCUGCCUGAAGAUCUUCUACGACAUCAUCCCCGGUGUCUCGCAGGAGACAUCAUGGACGCUGACCAACAUCACAUAUAUGUUUGGCUCUUACAUCAUGUUCCACUACGUCCGUGGGGUGCCGUUCGAGUUCAAUGGAGGAGCCUACGAUAACCUCAACAUGUGGGAGCAGAUUGACGACGGGGCCCAGUACACUCCUGCCAAGAAAUUCCUCCUGAGUGUCCCCAUCGUACUCUUCCUCCUGAGCACUCACUAUACGCAUUACGAUCUGGCAUAUUUCACCAUCAACUUUCUCGCCGUCCUGGCAGUUAUUAUACCGAAACUCCCUUUUAGUCACCGCAUGCGUGUAGGACUGUUUUCGGGUGUACCCGAAGAGUAGGGACGAGUGUACGUUAAAGAUCUGGUCCAAAACAACAAGAUGUCGGCUUGUUAUCAGGUACAGCAGCGAUCAUUUUGCCAGUUUGGGCGGUCGGAGCACUGGAGUGGCUGGAGGAGCUAUUGUCAUUGCUUUUUUUGCGGAGAAACCCGUUUGUCGAUCGAACAGAAACUCAAAUCAUUCUCGUUCAACUGGAGCGAGGUGAGGUGUUGACCCUUCAAUCGGCAUCUUUUUGCACGGACUCGCAUGCUAUAGCCCCCCUUCCCCCGGAAAUGUCAAAGAGCGCCUAGGAGAUUCCGGGGCGCGAACCGAUAUAGAGCAAGUACCGACCGGAUCUCAGGUGUGUUGAUGCUUAA